CCGCUUGCUGUCAUUGGCGCGAACCUUCAUUUCAUUGUCGACUUCGAGGGUUGUCGUGCGGACACGAUGAGCCUGGAAGAGCUGAUGGGAAACCUGAGCCUGCGGGCCAACAACCGACACCGAGGUCGGCGCCGACGGGACAGACCGAAACUCUUCAUCCUCCGGGGUCUGCCUGGCUCGGGCAAAUCCACGCUGGCCAGGCAAAUAAGAAAUGAGUUUGGCUCAGCUGAGAUUUUUAGCACAGACGAUUUUUUCCGAGAUGAAUUCGGCAGGUAUCAUUUUAAUGCAAGAGAGCUGAGGGAGGCCCACGAGUGGAACAAGAAAAGAGCAAGAGAGGCAAUGGAGGAGGGCCUGAACCCUAUCAUCAUUGAUAACACCAACAUUCAUGCUUGGGAGAUGAAGCCUUAUGUUCGCAUGGGUCUAGAUAAUGGCUAUUACAUUAUUUUUAAAGAGCCAGAGACCGGCUGGAAGAACGACAUUCACAAGCUUCACAGAAAAACUCAAAACGGAGUUCCUCUGGACAAGAUCGCUCGAAUGAAGGAAGACUUUGAGCCGGUGUCGACCAUUUACGAUGUCCUAAACUCAGAAACGCCAUCAAGAUUCAGUUCAUGGCAUUAAAAUAGGAGGCUGAUCUGCCUCGACAGAAAAUCGAUAGCACUUCACAACGCAGGCUUUAGCAUAGUGGCAUUUUAAUACUUCUACGUUUUGAAGACAUUAUUAUUAAACGUGUUCUUUAUAAAAAAUCAAAAUGUUAUUUUAGUACAUUUUUAUACUUCUAAAACUUUAAGAUGUUUUUGAAUGUUCUACUUUAAAAAAAGAAAAGCAUAGUUGUUAGUUAUUUACACCUUAUAUUAAUAAAUUGUUUUUUAUUUUACGUUAUUUGACAUAUUACCAAAAAUAUAUUGAGAGGAAAUCCUGGGCAAACAACAGCAAGAGCAACAUGGUAUGAACUGUUACGAUAAAUAAGAUGAGUGAAAAUGCAAUUCUAUAAAAAAUUAACGUCAUUUUAAAAAUGAAGUGAAAUUUUAUAACACCAAAUAGUGAAAUUGUCCAUAAUCUCUUAUAAGCUUGAAAAGUUUCACCUGGAUACAAAUAUGGAUAAGAAUAGACAUCAUAUCAUUUAUAUCUGUGUAACUUCUCUAAAAAAGUGUCAUCACAAUCAAUUUUUCUUCGUUAUCAUCGCAUGCAGUUUUUAGGUGACCCCGACAGGACACAUUGGCGACGUUUGCUUUACCUAGUGGCCAAUACUGCUUGAGCGGAUGCCGGCGUCUCCAUUUGCUUGUUGUGAACGUCGCCUGCAGGUAUUUCAUUCUUCCCGUGCUAUCAACACGCCAUGCCCUCUGCCGGCUGUGUUCAUGCGCUGAAAUAUGGACAUGUGGCUAAGGCUAAGGCAGGUGAUGUCAUUUUUCAACCGGCUGAAAGACGACGAUACCCUACCAAGAAUUUCAAUAUUGUCAGGCUGGCAGUUCCAGUUACUUUUGGUACAAACCUUGUAUGACGUUCUCCCAUAAAUCUAUAAUCAAUAAGCUCAGUGCCUUCUCUUUAUGUCCUAGUAGUCGGCCCUUUGAUUCGCUAACUUGACAUCCAUUUCAUUCAUCUCCUGUUUAUCCUGUCUUUAUUUUACUGAGCCAAUGAUUUUCCUAUCUUGCAUUUCAACAAACUCUCAUUUAACUGUUUCUUUUCCUGCGCCUUGAGUUGGUUUCAACGCAACACUGAGUGUGCUGUCACUAAUGCAGUCUUCGAACCCGCCAUACAGAAAAGCAACACACAACCAGCAAAACGUUAACGAAUAGCAGACAGCUUACUUACUCAGAAAGUAAUGAGCUCCGAAAAUAUGAAGCCUCUGCAACUACAAUUCAGGGCAAGUAAAGAAGCAUGUUAAAGAAAACGAAACCAAGCAAAAGUAACCAACUGGCUUGCUUCACAUUCCAUCAAGUCUUUCCAGGGAGCAGAUUUUGUUUUUAUGCUCACAUCCCCAUUAUUGAAAAAUCUGCUAAAACAGAGAGGUCUUUGAAUAAGACAAAUGUGAAUCUUUGUAGAGAAAUCUUUUUUUGAAAUGUAAUCACUACUUUCCAUUAAUUU